AUGAGCUUUGGUUCAAUACAAAGUAGGUCAAGUACGCCUACGCCUUCAAGCCAGUCAACAAAUAUGUUCCUUCAUUUAGCAGUCCUUGAUUAUACAAUUGUAUAUUAUCUAGCAUUUUUUGAUCAAAAUCAGCAAGCCUGACCUAAAAAAAUAUAUUAAAAUGUGAAUUUAAAGACAAAAUAAAGCAAAAAAGUAUAUAUAAAUAAAUCGAAAUCCAAAAAUAUAUUAACAGCUUCCAUUGAUGACAAGUCAAAACGGCACAGAGCCAAACUGAAAGAAAUCCCAACGUUUUGCAAUGUAAAAAGGUCAAUCAAUUUUGGAAGAUAUCACAAUAACCAGGAAACUUCUAGUAUAUGAGAAGUCAGUCCUCAUACCCGAGGAAACUCUGAAAGCCCAAAAGACAGGCUAAAAGAAUGCAGAAAGCAUUUUACAAAAAUCCCAAAAUUAGAAGAAAGAGAUUUUAGUUUUAGACAUAAAUCAGCUAUGCAUAUAAACCCUAAAACUUUUCACAGACGAUCAACCGAUUUUUCCACCUUUAAUAACGCUUCUAUUAAGCUACACGGAAAAGGGCCUUUCAAUUCACCACUAAGUUAGCUAGUUUUAAAAGGCCAUACGUGGGCGAAACCAGCGGACCUCAACACCUCAGCUCGAAAGACGACUCCAGGUCGGGUUCUGAUGAGACCAUACUCCCAGGCCCGACGCCAUCUUGAAAACCACCUGUCCAAGGGAUCAGCUCCUUUGGGCAGAGCCACUUCUGUCUGAGUGCCCCGAUGGUCCCGAUGAAGGAAGACCAUGUGGUAGGAAAAACCUGUCUAGCCCAUCUGGCAAGGACAGGGAAAACCUUCGGGGAGAAAUAAAAUUUCCUUUUCAGCACGGCUUCCCACAACUGAAGGCCUACUUAGGACAGGAAUGAGACCUGUAUAUUCAGCUUCAUCAGCAAUAGGUCCUACCAGCUCCAUAGGAGGUGCGCCUCGGAGUCCAUUUUCCGUCAAACGUCACCAUUUUAUUUCUCUAUUCACCACUAAGGAAUCGUAAAUAA